CGAAAUGCCCUCUGCGCCAUCCCAGCCGGAUCCCAUGGUCUCCUUCACUGUCGCUCAUCCAGGAUGCCGUUGUCCGCAAGGGAGAUGAGCUUAGGCUGAGCCGGAUCUCUUAAGAAGAAGCUACAUGACUUCGUCGCGGUUGCCCAGCAGCAGACAAGUGGGCAGGCGAAAGACGGCCUCGCUCGCCUGUAUCCGGCCAGACGUGACGGCGAGGGCAUCCCGAUGGGUAUCGGCUUCAUAUCUGUUCAAGGCUAAGCCGCCACGCCUAGCUCCACCUAGCCUUACUGCUGGAAUGGGCAGGCAGCCUCAAUGGCAUUCUUCGGACCCUCUCAAGCCUUUAAGGGGGGAAAGCGGGUCAAGAAGCGGGAUUGGUACAGGCGUGGGAGAGGGCUACGGGCGAUUAUUGAAGCCCUGCAUAAGGUUCCGGAAACCCAAAAAGGCGCCACGAUCACGCAGCGCCCACGCCCACCCACUCAGCUCAGCGCCACGGUCUCUCUGCCUCUGUGCUCGCGUCUACGGUUCAAGCUGCCUGCCCAUCUUGCUUUCUCGGUCUCACGGGAACUCAAUAUCUCAGUGUAUUGCGCAGUCGCAUGUUGCUAAUUAUAACAUAGAAGUGCGGGGGUAUUCAUACGAACAGGGAGAGCGGGGCCGCACGACCAAAGUAGUAAGAGCUAUAUGGAGCGACCACGAAAAGAAGGAGGCAAACGAGAGACGAAGGAGCCGCGCGCGCGCCUUGAGACACGGAGCUGCCAUUCACCGCGUGAUGCGGGGAUGGGAUGGCUCGGUCAGGCUGCUAGCAAGCAAGCAAUGUGGGAGUGGCAGGGAGCGUGGGGAGGGGGACAACUGUUCUUUCCGCCCUGUCCAUGGCGGGAAUGUGGGCGGCGGCGGUGACGACGUAGUAUGGGCUGGAGCGAUGCGCUGCGGUGCGGCGGAGCAAUGUCGAGGUGGUGUUUCGCAAGUGGAUAGGGCCGAAGGUGAGGUGACCGCGCUGUGGAUAAUGAUACAAAGUAGUCGAGCCUGUGGUAGAACCGUGCUGCUCAUCCGUAGAUGGCCUGCUGGUGGUGACGGCGGUCGUUUCCCUGCUGCGGUGUCGCCGGCGUGACCGGAGCCUUCUUGGCGCGGAGAGCGAGUGCA